UGCAGGCCGCAUGCGCGCGGCGCCUGACGCGCGCGGCGAGGGGGAGGUGUGGGCGCGUCCCCGGCCCAGGAUUUAUAAAGGCGAGGUCUGGACCUACGCGCGCUCUCGUCGCCUCGGCUGUCCCGGCGGCGCCAACCUAACCGACCUACCUGCUGCCGACGUCCGACAUGCUGCGCCGUUCUCUGCUGUGCCUGGCCCUGGCCUGGGUGGCCAGGGUGGGCGCCGACGUCCCGGAGGAGGAGGACAACGUCCUGGUGCUGAAGAAGAGCAACUUCGAAGAGGCGCUGGCGGCGCACAGCUACCUGCUGGUGGAGUUCUAUGCCCCAUGGUGUGGCCACUGCAAAGCUCUGGCCCCUGAGUAUGCCAAAGCUGCUGCGAAGCUGAAGGCAGAAGGUUCUGAGAUCCGACUGGCAAAAGUGGACGCCACAGAAGAGUCGGACCUGGCUCAGCAGUAUGGCGUCCGUGGCUACCCUACAAUCAAGUUCUUCAAGAAUGGAGACAAGGCCUCUCCUAAGGAAUACACAGCUGGCAGGGAAGCUGACGACAUUGUGAACUGGCUGAAGAAGAGAACAGGCCCUGCUGCCACAACCCUGUCUGACACUGCAGCUGCAGAGUCCUUGGUGGACUCAAGUGAAGUGGUUGUCAUUGGUUUCUUCAAGGAUGUAGAGUCAGACUCUGCUAAGCAGUUCUUGCUAGCAGCAGAGGCGGUUGAUGACAUACCUUUUGGAAUCACAUCCAACAGUGGUGUGUUCUCCAAGUACCAGCUGGACAAGGAUGGGGUGGUCCUCUUUAAGAAGUUUGAUGAAGGCCGUAACAACUUUGAGGGUGAGGUCACCCAGGAGAAGCUGCUGGACUUCAUUAAGCACAACCAGCUGCCUUUGGUCAUCGAGUUUACCGAACAGACAGCCCCAAAGAUUUUUGGAGGUGAAAUCAAGACACACAUUCUGCUGUUCCUGCCCAAGAGUGUGUCAGACUACGAUGGCAAGCUGGGCAACUUCAAGAAGGCAGCUGAGGGCUUCAAGGGCAAGAUCCUGUUUAUCUUCAUCGACAGCGACCAUACUGACAACCAGCGCAUCCUUGAGUUCUUUGGCCUGAAGAAGGAGGAGUGUCCAGCUGUGCGGCUUAUUACCCUAGAGGAAGAGAUGACCAAAUACAAACCUGAGUCAGAUGAGCUAACAGCUGAGAAGAUCACCGAAUUUUGCCACCGCUUCCUGGAGGGCAAGAUCAAGCCCCACCUGAUGAGCCAGGAACUGCCUGAAGACUGGGACAAACAGCCAGUAAAAGUGCUAGUUGGGAAAAACUUUGAAGAGGUUGCUUUUGAUGAGAAAAAGAACGUCUUUGUCGAAUUCUAUGCCCCUUGGUGUGGUCACUGCAAGCAGCUGGCCCCCAUUUGGGAUAAAUUGGGAGAGACGUACAAGGAUCAUGAGAAUAUCAUCAUUGCUAAGAUGGACUCGACAGCCAAUGAGGUGGAAGCUGUCAAAGUGCAUAGCUUCCCCACACUGAAGUUCUUCCCAGCAAGUGCAGAUAGAACGGUCAUUGAUUAUAACGGUGAGCGAACACUAGACGGUUUUAAGAAAUUCCUGGAGAGUGGUGGCCAGGAUGGUGCAGGAGAUGAUGAUGACGUGGACCUAGAAGAAGCUUUAGAGCCAGACAUGGAGGAAGACGACGAUCAGAAAACGGUAAAGGAUGAACUGUAGUGGAGAAGUCAGAUCUGGGCACCUGAACCCAAACCUCGGUGGGCCAUGCUCCCAGCAGCCCACGUCUCCGGAGCCUGAGCCUCACCUAAGGCGGGAGUGUCAUCAGAACCCAGGGAAUCUUUCUGAAGCCACACUCAUCUAACACACGUACACUUAAACCUGUCUCUUUUUUGCUUUUCAAUUUUGGAAAGGGAUUUCUCUCCAGGCCAGCCCAUCUUAAAGAGCUAUCUUUUGGUGUGUUUGUUAGUUUGUUUUUGAUUUUUUUUUUUUUUUUUUUUUUGGUGUGUGUGUGUGAUGUACUUUUUUAUAUGUGGAUUUUGUCCCAAGUGCUCACUGAAAUAUUUGGAGAUCUCACACUGGUAAUGUCUUUCCUGUUAGAGAGGUUUAUGCUAUCGCUUCAAAUUUCAUCUGUGAGACAUUUCAUCUUGUAGACAGUGUUUGACAUCGAGACACUUGUUCCACCAUGAAAAGUCUCCCUGAGACUCCUUCCUGCCCCGUGUAGGAAGUGAUGGAUCUGGGUUGGAUACAGUCACUCUCCACCUUGUACUAGUGUUGCCAUGGCAGCAUGGCUUUUGUAGUUUUCGGUUAUCCCUGGGACUUAAUGCAUCCUGUCAGAGGGUGGGUCCCCCACAUGUGGAAGAGACUGUGUGGCUGGCUGCUGGGCCCAGGCCAGGCCUGGACAGCUCUUGCUCUUCAAGUCAGGGCUCCCGACCAGCUGGCUGUGGGCACGUCACUCUGACUGCUGGAUUUUCUUCCAGCAUGGCCUGUGGCCUGUGUGAGGCAGAACUGGGACCCUUGAUUCCCAGGCUGGGAGUCAGCCAAGGACACUGGGGCUGAAUCAAACGCCCAUUCUUGAGGCAUUUCUACCAUAAUAUUGGAAUUGAACACAUUGGCUAAAUAAAGUUGAAAUUUUACUACC